AUGCACAACUGCCCCCAAGGAGAAAAGGAUCAAAUCCAAGAUGAGGAUAAUAAUCGUGGGAUUUAUAUGGACAGUAAUGAUGGAAAGGGUGAAUACGAUGCAAACGGAAUUAAUUCAAAAACAAGACAAAAAAGAGUUGAAAAAUCUUUGGAAAGAGUAAAAAUGGAACAGUUUAUGUCUAAAUUUGAAAGAUCUCCUGCAAAAAAGGAUUGUAAAAAGAAAAAAAAUGGUACAGGUAGCGGUGAGGAAUCACCUACACAAUCACCUCAAUCUGCAUCAUUACAACCAUCACAACCAAGCAAAAUCAAGAACACCAUGUUCCACAGCAAGUUCCCGCUCAACAAGUACAACAGCUCCCAUACCAACAACCAAAAAAACAAUCAAAAUACCAACAAUCACAAAAUCAACAACAACAACAGUAUUCACAACACCCACAACAGAUAUUCACAACAUUCACAUUUACCAACACAGCAUAUUCAACAAUUACAGCAAUUUAAUAAAUAUUCAUCACCAAUAACAAUUGUAUCUUCCACAUCAACAUCAACCACUCCUUCAAUUUCCUUAUCGUCUUCUCCCACACAAUCACCAAAGUUUCAAGAGAUACCAUCAUCACCAACCUACCCAUUAUCGUUCCCACCCUUGUCACCAGUUAUUACAUCUACUUUUUCACCAUUACCACCAAUAUCUCCAACAUUAUCAUCACAUCAAUCAUUACCACCAUUAUUACCAUUUUUAUCAUUAUCACAUAAUUCAGAAUCUACCAAUUCCUAA